CAAAUAUAUCUGGCCGGUACGCCACUCUAUCCCGGCCUGCGGCCGUUCCAGGGCUCCUUUCCAUUAGAAGCACUUUUCUAAUUCCCACAGGCCAGGGCUUCAUAUUCUCUACAAUUAUAGAGGCUCACAGGCCUCACGGCACCCUCUGGUCACUCGUCUUGCAAUUUGCAACGACACACAGCGCCGAGAUCGACGAUCAGAACGCCACCAAUCCCCACCAUCCGGAUCGGAACGCGCAAGAUGUGGCCCAUCAUCAUCAGGGGCGGUUCUUGGCCACCGUCGUCCGUCGACGUCGGCUCUGUCACGGCGGCGCUGCUCCUCGCCGCCGCCGUCAUCUUCAUCCCCCGUGUCUGGUCUUCAUCAAGAACUAGAAGGCCGCAGGUACCGGCGAGCGGCGGCAGUACUGCCGGAGGAGCACGGCUCCCUGCCGGCUCGCUCGGGUGGCCGCUCCUCGGCGAGACGCUGGCCUUCAUCCGGGCUGCGUAUUCUCCUCGCCCGGAGUCCUUCGUCGAGAAACGCCGCCUCUGGUACGGCAAGGUGUUCAAGUCGCACCUGUGGGGUUCCCCGGCGGUGGUGAGCUCGGACCCGGAGGUGAGCCGCGCGGUGCUGCAGGCCGACGCGUCGGCGUUCGUGCCGUGGUACCCGCGGUCGCUCAUGGAGCUGAUGGGGCAGUCGUCCAUCCUGGUGCUCGGCGGCGGCCUCCAGCGCCGGGUGCACGGCCUCGCCGGCGCCUUCUUCAAGUCGCCACAGCUCAAGGCGCAGGUCACCGCCGACAUGCAGCGCCGCGUCGGCCGCGCCAUGGACGUCUGGAGCAGGCGCCAUCACCGGAGCAUGAGCAGCAACGGCUGCGGCGGCGCACCGCCCGUGCGGGUACAGGACGAGGCCAAGUCGAUUGUGUUUGAAAUCCUAGUGAGAGCGCUGAUUGGGAUAGAGGAAGGAGACGAAAUGCAGUACCUCAGGCAACAAUUUCAGGAAUUCAUUGCCGGUUUGAUAUCACUUCCUGUCAAACUUCCAGGGUGUCAACUCUAUAGAUCCCUCAGGGCUAAGAAGAGGAUGACAAAGUUGAUAAAAAUGAUCAUCCAAGAGAAGAGGAAGAAGAUGAUCGCCGAAGGCGAGGAUCUGCGUGGGACUCAUCCACGUGAUAUGAUCGACGUUCUGCUAGGCAAUGGCAACGACGAGCUCACUGACGAGCUGAUAUCUGACAACAUGAUCGACUUCAUGAUCCCUGCAGAGGACUCCGUGCCGGUGCUCAUUACGUUGGCAGUCAAGUAUCUCAGCGAAUGCCCACUAGCUUUGCAGCAGCUCGAGGAGGAGAACAUGGAGCUAAAGAGCCAGAAAUCAGACACGGGAGAAACCCUAGAAUGGACAGACUACAUGUCGCUCACCUUCACACAGCACGUGAUCACGGAGACGCUGCGGAUGGGCAACAUCAUAAACGGGAUCAUGCGGAAGGCGGUGCGGGACGUGGAGGUGAGGGGCCACCUCAUCCCCAAGGGCUGGCGCGUCCUCGUCUACUUCCGCGCCGUCCACCUCGACGCCGCCGUCCACGACGACCCGCACGCCUUCAACCCCUGGAGGUGGAAGGAGAGGGCCGACGUGGUACCGGUCAUGAGCAGCGGCGGCGGCGGCGGCUUCACCCCCUUCGGCGGCGGCCAGAGGCUGUGCCCGGGGCUCGACCUGGCAAGGCUCGAGGCCUCCAUCUUUCUGCACCAUCUCGUCACCAGCUUCAGGUGGGUGGCGGAGGAGGACACCGUCGUCAACUUCCCCACGGUGCGGCUCAAGCGAGGGAUGCCAAUCACAGUGACGCCUAGAACCUGAACGCAUCUAGUAGGCUCGAAUGGCAGGCAACAAGGAUGCAGUCGUCGAUCUCGAUCGUUGUAGACUCAGCUCGUCUCUUGAUUAUUUGACUAGGAUAGCUAGUUUCCUUUGUGCAAGAAGAAAAAUACAUGUAUAUCAACAACUAAAGAGGUGUGUGAGAAAUACAGUACAUGCAUGUAAAGUUGGCACGGCAAAGAAAGCAGGAGCUGGUGCCAAUUGCCAAAAGGUCAGCUUGCAAAUUUUAUACUACUGUGAUUUACUGUUACACUAAGGAGCACCAUGCCCUGAUGCCUCGUGUGAGUCUUUGUUCCCCUUGUCCUGCUUCUUCAAGCAGACAAAUCCGCUGGACCAGGCGGAGAGUACUGAAUAAUGGCACUAGAAUUCAAAGGAUAA